UUUGUCGACGGCUCGCGUAAUGAGUAGCUGCAUAAAGCCGAGAGCACAGCUUGAUACAGCCCCCUUAGUUCUUCUUCACGGAUUCGAUAGCUCAUGUUUUGAAUGGAGAUACAGUCUUCCUUUGCUCGAGGAUGCAGGAUUUGAGACGUGGGCUGUUGAUGUUCUUGGAUGGGGAUUCUCUGAUUUGGGCAAGUUCUCUUGAUUAAUAUUCACUUUACUUGUUAGAUAUGUGCAUUGUAUCUUGCUUAACUUUUAUUGUUGUGUUGCGUUUUACUAGAGAAGCUUCCCUCGUGCAGCGUGGCUUCCAAGCGUGAUCACCUCUAUCAGCUGUGAACUCUCCUAUCCUGUUUACGUGAACACUCUUUUAGAUUAUUAUUUGCACGUUCAUUAUGAAGUAAACUUCGCAAGAUUUUGGGAUUAGAUCUAAGCGUGUGCGGUUUCAGACGAUAGAAAUGAAGUAGUGUUGCAGAGUACCAAAAUCUCACUACUGUACACUGCCAUCCUCUAAUGGCCUGUCUUAAUUGAUUCCCUGGUCUUUAGGUAACUGAACCUCUCGACUCUUGGGAGAGGUCGACAAGCACAUGUUUGGGCUGAUCAUUGCUGCAUUCUAAAACACAUGUGAAGUUUAGCUUACCAUUUAAGAUUGGCCUUACCCAGUUUUGGAGUUCUUAUGUUAAGAGGCCGAUGAUUUUGGACAGACCAAGUCUUGGAGCUGCUGUUGCCAUUGACUUUGCAGUCAACCACCCGGAAGCUGUCGACAAGCUGAUUUUGAUUGAUGCAAGUGUCUAUGCUGAAGGCAUCGGAAACCUUGCUACAUUACCUAAAUUGAUGGCAUAUGCUGGAGUAUAUUUGUUAAAGUCCUUGCCGUUGCGCCUAUAUGCGACUUCAUUGACUUUCAAUACCUUAACAUGGGAUACCUGUUAUGAAGGGGCAAAGAUUGGUCGUCUACACUGUCUCUUGCCUUGGUGGGCUGAUGCAACUGUUGAUUUUAUGACAAGCGGAGGCUACAACGUCAGUGCUCAAAUCAGGGAUGUGAAGCAGAAAACACUGAUUGUAUGGGGAGAAAAUGAUCAGAUUAUAGACUAUAAGCUUGCAGUGAGACUGCACAGUGAGAUACCAAAUGCAAUGUUACGCCAAAUACCAGAGUGCGGCCACAUCCUUCACAUAGAGAAGCCUGCUGCUGUUUCCAAGUUAAUAACAGAGUUCGUUCGAGCUGAGAGCAAGGUAUGUAUGGUUGCUUGAGGAAUUAAAGACUUAUAGUUUCUCCUCUUUAUGGACUUGAUUUCAUGCUAGUGAGUAGUGACCUGUGUUUCUUACAAGCAAUGAUCCUAUCGUCUAGUCGUGAGUGAUUCCUUUCCACAUAUUGUGUUUACGAUGAUUUGAUUAUUUAUCCGAGAGUACAGAGCUUUACUAUGUCGUUUGCAAGCUAUUGAACAAGCGCAAGAGGUUUUUUUAUUUUUCUUCUUGAGGAGAAAAUUUUGUUGUGGAUAUCCAAUAGACGAGUUGUGGAUGUAAUUAAGAGAUUAUUACAGCAAAAGAAAGUUUUAAAAUAAUUCAAAUUAAGAUAUUUGCAUACUGGCA